CUGGUGCUGCUCUCUCUCUCCCUGCCUUUCUCUCUCUCUCUCGCUCUCCCUGCUGCAGGAGGUCCCGCCUUGAUUGAGCGUGCUGUGACGUGCGACGGGAUUGGCUGGCCGUGGAGAAACCCGUCCUUUUAAGCUGGCCGGUGAAACCCGGAAGCGCGCGUUGUUGAGAUUUGGAGAUGUGUGUUGUGUUGACUAUUGUAUGCAAACUGUUGGGUCGCGCCGGUAUUUUUAAAUCUCUUCACACUGAGGAACCAUGACAAAGUUUUCUUACAUCUACCUUGUGUGGAUCAGCGUCUGUGUGGACCUCCUCUCUGCAGAACCUGAGAUCAGUGUAUCUGGCCCAGUGGGUUCUACAGCUGUCCUGCCGUGUCAACUGACAAGUGUAGACACUGAGAGACUGUAUAUUAGAUGGAACACUGAAUCUGAGAUUGUGUUUGAGCGACUGAAUGAGAGGUCGUAUCAGGGUGAGGGAUAUGAGGGUCGUGUGGACGUUCCUGUGGAGGAGCUGCGUAAGGGGAACUGUUCACUGGUGUUACACAAUCUGACCCUCACUGAUACAGGAGUCUACACCAGCUACCAGACAGUGAGACACACCAAGAGAUCUGUCCGUGUUAGGAGAGGAACAGUCCUGAUCAACAGUGUUAAACUCUCCGUCUAUGUUCCCCCUCUUAAAGAAACAGACGUUGGUAUUUCAGCAGCUCCCACAGGCUCAAAAGUAAUGGGACACCUGAGUGAUGCGCAGUGUAAAGGCCAGUUGUGGCUGUUCCUCAGUUAUCUCAUGACAGAUUAA